AUGUCGUUCGAUCGACUCUCUUCGCUUGAGUCCCAGCCCACUACCACCCGGCGAGAAGAUGAUCCCCAAUACAGAGAUGAUCCCGAGUUCCACAGGCUCACAGAGUCACUAUCUACUCGAUUGUUCGAAUUGAUUUCGAACAUCUCCCGACUAUCCAGUCAAAUUUCCAAACGAGACACCGAAAGAGCCCGCGAGAGAGUACAUGAUCUUCUUGAGGAGACACGAGAGGGUUUCAAAGAGGUCGGGGAGGGCGUCAAGAGGGCGCAGGCAUGGCCGGAUCUGAAUCCUGCACAAAGAUACACCAACCAAAAGCUGUCACGAGAGUUUGCUUCCGCGCUCUCUGAAUUUCAAGUCGUCCAGAGAAGAGCCAUAGAGAAAGAAAGAGCAUCGAAAGCUGCCCUGGAAGAAGCUGCAGCCGCACAAUCUCCAUCAGGCGAAGGACGAGAACAGCUUCAGUCCUUGGACGAACCACGGUUGGCACAACAGGAUGAAGUCGACUAUCAGGAGAACUUGAUCAUUGAACGAGAAGGCGAAAUUCGACAGAUCGAACAAUCCGUCGGUGAAUUGAACGAGCUGUUCCGAGAUGUCGCACAUCUUGUUAGGGACCAAGGUGAAAUGAUUGACGUCAUUGAUGUCAACGUGGAAAACACGUUAAACGAUACACGAGGAGCCGAUGUGGAAUUAAGGAGCGCCAGUCGGUAUCAGAAAACUGCUCGAAACAAAGCGUGCUGUCUCCUGUUGAUCUUGGCGAUUGUACUGUUGAUCGUGGUUCUGGCUGUUGUCUUAGGCUGA